AUGGCACGCAGCAAGAAAGAGAACAGACGCCGCACUGGCUGCUUUCAGUGCAAGGAGAAACACAUCCAGUGUACCGAAGAGCAUCCCCGAUGUAGACGCUGCGAGACCCUUGGCCUGCAAUGCGUCCGCGGUCUCAGACUGACCUUCAGAGAAGACGCCAUCCAGCGAGGGGUAUGGACAAAACGACCCUGUUCCAGGACACAGCGCGAGAAAGACGUCUUCCGACUCCCUCUGCACUCUUAUAUCAACCGCUGGAUCUUUCUCAAUGUGACCGCCGAUGACUUCAAAUCAAUCACAACACUACAACCACAUACCCAACUGGAGCUCACCCUUGUACCAUUUACCUACCACCCCUUCCAGUCCUUCCCAGAGACCGACGGCUACCUCCUGGACUACUUCAUCAGAGGAAUCAGCCCUUCAUGCUCCCUAAGCACAUCACACAAUCCCUACAUAUCUCUCGUCAUCCCCCUCUGCUUUUCCUCGCAGACACUUCUAAACGCCCUCCUAGCCGUCGCUGCUAAUCAGCUAUGCCUCCUCGGCCGCCCCGAGUUUCGACAAGAGGCAUGCCACUACAAAGACAAAGCACUACAAGGGCUACGCCGCGAAGUCUGCACCAGUAUGCAGGAUGAAGGGACCGUUGCCGCGGUUCUAAUGCUCUGUUUCCAGGACAUAUCAGAUGGCUGCUCUCCGUCCUGGAUGACGCACCUACGUGGUGGUCUGAAGCUGAUCGACUGUAAUGCUUCUCGCAACUCGCCCAGCUUGUGGAAUUUCUUCCGAAUGUACUUUGUUGCGCACGAUAUCAUGAGCCGCACGGCGUUUGAUGAUGGGCUGGAUGAAUCUUUUCAGCAUUGGGCUGAUGGCGAUGAUCUCGAGGAGCUUGCAGAUAGACGUCCUGAUGGGCUGCUCGCGCGGUCUGAUGAGUCUGAUCCACCGGAUCUCGCUGCUCGCAUCUACCAGAGCGAAGGUAGUCCAGCCCUGGAGACUGGACCAUUAACUACCUCCGAGAAACAGAACUAUGCAAUAGCAACAGCCGACCUCCACCACGCCCUCCUCUCCCUAAACCAAACCCUACCGGCGCAUUCACUCGGACGGAAGGACCUCGAACGCAUCGCACAGAUCAAACGCCUUACAGCACUCCUCUACCUAACCGAGCGUCUUGGGUCCAUGAAGCAAACACACGAUAUUCUUACCAACCAAGACCAUCCUUAUCUUGAAUCACCCUCCAAACCCCACCUCAUCACCUCAAUAAUCGAAUCCAUAUCCACGCUACCAGACAUGGCGACCCUCCUCUGGCCGCUGUUCGUGCUGGGAAACGUGGCGCUAGAGAACGAGGAGCAUCGCCGCUUCGUCCUUGAUAGGCUUCUGGGGAUCCAACGGGCGAGGAAUCUGGGUAGUGUGAGGCGGGCAAUUGAGGCUGUGAAACAUGCUUUUGUAACUAAAGGGUUGGAUUUGGAUUUGACUGGACGCGGGGGACGGGGACUGCAGGGUUGGGGAGAUGGGCGGUUUCGGUACAUCAGCCUUGCGUGA